UUUUGAUUACCGUUUGUUUAUAGUUAUUAAUACAUUCUCGUACGAUAAUCAUUUGAGAUAAGUUCAUAAAUUGUGUUUCUUUUGUUCGCGAUCUGUGACAUUUCAUUUAAUCCGACGAAAUAUGUAAAAUUAAUAAUGAGAAUUAAAAUUAUUUUGAUUAUAAAUCAAACAAAGGAAUAAGACAGCUAGAACUGGAAUGAAUCGAAAGCUCACCACAGGUGCGAGACUUAAACUCUACCAAACUCGCCGUUCAGACAGUGAACCAGUUGGUAUGGAAUACAAUGAACUUCAAUUACAUAACAUAAGAAUGGAUUCCAAGAUGCCUGCAAGUGAAGAUAGUGGAAUAGAUAUUUAUAAAACUGUGCCAAAAACAAAUUUACAAAUUAAUGGUCUUGACAAAAAUUUGAAGUCGUCAUCUGCACCUUCAUCUCCCGGAAAGCUAUAUCAUAAACUGAACGAAAGAAACAACUUACUUGGUAUACCUCCAUCUGGUCCAUUUUUAACGCUUACACCUAAACCUCUCCGAAGAACUUAUUCAGCUAGGCUUGACAAUGAUUUUUCACAUGGAUCAUCAAGUCCAAGAAUCCGAAGAAUCAUUCGACCAACCUCCCUUUGUGUGGGGAAUGAAUUCUAUGGAGAUAGCGUUUCAGUCAUAAAUGUUCCAGCAGGGCAAUCAAAUCCUUACAGAGAAAUAUCUGAAGAAAACCGAUCCUUAUCAGUGGUAAUGAGUGGAAUCUACGCUGUUUUCUUAUUAAUGUUUGGAGCUAUAAUCUACAUGAAUGAUCAACACAGAGCACAGAAAUUUUCUUCAGAGGUUUUCAGUUCUGUCAUUUCCUUAAUGGGAUUGCUAUGGUUGAUUAUAUUCCAUGUUGAUCUAUGCCGUUAUAAGAAUACAGUAUUGAAACAGUUAAAGGAAAGAGAAGAUGCGAUGCAAGAAGCGAGCGAAAAAUUUAGCGUUGCAACUGAAUAUAUCAUCAAUUCUGGUUUUAACAUUCCAUUGAAGGAAAAUGCGACGGAAGGGAAAAAGUUGGAACCGCCGCCCUAUAGGUUUCUUCUAGGGCGACACAGUGGAAGUUUUUAUCUGAAAAUUGGAUCUGCGUGUUUUUGCUUUGGAUACCUAAUAUAUCAGGGACUUCAGCUAGGACAGCAUAUAUUGAAUUUUCUAGAUGAUGAGAUGAAGCUUCUGAAUUGCUCUCGUCAUUCAUCUGUUGUUUUGCAUGUCAUUGCCCCAAUCUUUGCUUUCUAUCAACUUUUCAUCACUUUCAAAUAUUCGAAUAUUGUUAUAAAUAGAAUGAAAGCUUUAGCAAGGUUCGGUCUUAUGCACCUGAUUGCUACAUGUAUGUGCAACUGGUUUAAUACAAUAGUUGAUGAAGCUGUUGAAGAUUAUACUCAUAUGACUAAUAAUGUCUCACUCUCAGAAUUCGAUAUUGCAACCUUUCAUAUAACAGUUGAAAGAAGUAAAGAAUUGGGCCAUCCUGUCAACUGCACUUCUAACUCAAUUCUUUCUACACGUUCCAUGAGUGCUAUACCUUACCUUUACCCAUUCGCUAUAGAAUACAAUCUUCUACUAGCUGGUGUAUGGUUUAUAGUGUGGCAAAACAUUGGAAAAGAACACACGCAUGCCAAUCCUCACCAUUUGAGGCAUACCAUUUCACAAGAUGAAGAAGGCAGUGAAGCAAUCGCUUAUCAAAGUAAUCUUGUAAUUAAUGCAGAUUGCCAUGCAUCGAACAAAGGUUUGUUCUCUGGGCUCUUCCUCAUGCUAACUGUUGUCGUUACAGUAAUAGUUUUCUUUGUUGCUAUGUCAACAAAAGGUUACCAAUCGAAGGCCGUAAUAAUCCAUACAUGUCAAGAAGGUGUACUAACAAUAAUAGGACUCAUAACAGUGAUUAUAUCGUCCUAUCAGAUCCGAAAAUUAGACCGUAGUGAACAUCCAAUCACUUUUCUAGAUGAUGUUCUUUUAUUUGUACCUCUUCCAUUUUUCUUCGUACAUGGAAUAAUGUCUAUCAUGUCAGAAAUAGAUAAUGAAAACUACUCCAGACUUGCCUUGCAUAUUUUGGUUACAAUUCAAGUGGUGGUACAAACUCCCUUCAUAAUUGAUGGCUUGAGAAGAUGUAGCAAUUCUCAGGUACUUAGAUAUAAGAAACCAGGAAGAGAGGUUAUAACAUUCAUGAUUAUUCUAAAUCUUACUGUUUGGAUCGUCAAUACAUUUGAAUUAAAAAGUGUUGAGCAGUACCAUGGACAAGGAGAAUAUUUUGGUGAACUAGUAUGGCUUUUCAUUGGGCAUACUUCUCUUCCACUCAUGUUGUUCUAUCGUUUUCACUCAUCAGUUUGUCUUGCAGAUAUGUGGAAAUCAGCUUAUGAAAAAGAACUUUAAAAACAUGAUGAUGUACUAGUAUGGCUUUUCAUUGGGCAUACUUCUCUUUCACUGAUGUUGUUCUAUCGUUUUCACUCAUCAGUUUG